AUGGGUGGUAAAAUCAUUGACAGAACCCCGCAAAACACUCCGGCCAACAAUGCCCCUAUCUCAUCGCACGCUCAGCAGCCUGGUGUGUCUAGCAUUAAAGAAGAAACCCUGGAUAGCGCUGCUGCUGCUUCCUUGUUUGCUCGUAACCCGGCCUUGGUCUCCAUGAUCCAAGGCAAGCUGGGUCAGCUCGUCGGUCGCUCAUCGGGUUACAUCGAAUCCCUUCCCACCUCUGUUCGUCGCCGCGUCGCCGGCUUAAAGGGUAUUCAAAAGGAACACGCCAAAUUGGAGGCCCAGUUUCAGGAAGAGGUCCUGGAACUCGAGAAGAAGUUUUUUGCCAAGUUCACCCCGCUCUACGAGCGUCGGGCAACUAUCGUGAAUGGAGGUAUUGAACCCACCGAGGACGAGAUCAAGGCUGGCAAGGAAGACGAGGAGGAAGAGGCCAAGGAAGACGAAGAAGAGAAGAAGGAAGAAGAGGGCGAGCCAACAAAUGGCAUCCCCGAAUUCUGGCUUUCUGCUAUGAAGAACCAGAUCUCUCUGGCUGAGAUGAUUACGGACCGUGAUGAAGAGGCCCUCAAACACCUCGUUGAUAUCCGCAUGGAGUAUCUGGACCGACCCGGCUUCCGCUUGAUCUUCGAAUUCUCCGAGAACGAGUUCUUCACCAACAAGACGAUCACUAAGACUUACUACUACAAGGAGGAGAGUGGCUACGGUGGUGAUUUCAUCUACGACCAUGCUGAGGGCUCUAAGAUUGAUUGGAAGGCCGAGAAGGACUUGACGCUCCGACUCGAGAGUAAGAAGCAGCGCAACAAGAACACAAAGCAGACCCGUGUUGUUAAGAUCAGUGUGCCCACCGAAUCCUUCUUCAACUUCUUCUCCCCCCCGCAACCCCCCACCGAUGAUGACGAGAGAAGCUUCCCCCGCGCCAUUGACUGGUUCACCGGCGAAGCUCUCCAGUUUGAGGAGCUGGGUGAAGAGAUGGACCCUGAUGAGUUCGAGGAUGACGACGACGAGGAUGACGAGGAUGAUGAAGAUGACGAAGACGAACGAGGAUCAGACCGUGACGUUGAGGAUGACUCGGAUGAAGAGGAUGGCACUUCUAAGCCCGCCAAAGAAGCUGCCGAGUGCAAGCAAAACUAG